UCUUUAUAUAUACAGAUUGUUAACAAAUGUUCAUUUUAGAUAUUUUUGAAAUUGCUUAUGCAAAAACUAGAGCAUGCCCAAACAUUCGGUUUGCUGCAUUAGAUGCACCCUUUCAGUAGCUACAAAAUGAGCUAAAAAAAACAGAAAAGCCAAAAUUUUCAAUUUAUUGACCCAAACAGUCCCCUUAAUAGAAAUGUUUAUUAUGUAAACAAAUCUGAACCACAACUUCCUAUAAACAGCUUUGUACUUAUGUUGUAAUUCAACCCUACAAAUCAUAGUUCUGACCAUUAUUAUCUAUAUGGCUUUUAGUGGCAUCAUUGACAUGCUGAUUCUAUGUGCAGUAUCAGCUGCCUGCAAUUUUUGUGUCAUUGAUGGUAGUCAUUGCUUGGGAAGAAGGCAUAUUUCAAGCCUGCUCUGCAUGCUCACAACAAGGCAUGGCCAUGGGGUAAUUUACUUUGCAAGCCAUAGCUAGAAGCUUACUUUCCUGUCAUUUCUGGAGUCAUGAAAUUUCUGCAAGAUGAAUCCGCUCCUAAAUAUUAACAGAAGUGCAUGAUCUAAUGUUGCUCAUGCCGCCUCAUGGUGAAAUGUACUUAUUUUUUUAACAUUAUUUUUUGAAGAGCAGGAAACUAGAAAGCUAUAAAUAUUAAGUCCUUUUCCAUAUACUAACUUAGAUAAAACAUUAGAUCUGUAAUCCAACUGAAAAUAUGUCUUCAGCCAUUAGACUGGUUGAUUUACAAAAAAAAAACAAUCUCCCUCCACCCAUUAGCUGGUAUGCAAAUGCAGAUACACCGGCUUAUGGUGGGAGACUUGCCUCGCACAACAGCUUAUCAGGAGGCAAUCAACCGCAACAAACAUUUGUUCCAUGGGAAAACUGUCAUGGAUGUGGGAGCAGGGACUGGAAUACUGUCUCUGUUUGCCGCGGCUGCGGGAGCCACCAAAGUCUACGCCGUGGAGGCCAGCGGUACCGCUCAACUCGUUAACAAAGUUGCCAAACAGAACGGUUUUGAUGAAGUUAUUUCAGUCCUGAAUUGUAAAGUUGAAGACGUCGAACUUCCUUCUGGUGUGAGGAUCGACGUGAUGGUCUCCGAGUGGAUGGGCUUCUACUUAUUCCACGAAUCAAUGCUGAACAGCGUCCUGGCUGCCAGAGAUCGUUUCCUGGCGGAAGACGGCGUCAUGUUUCCUUCAGAAGCUCGUCUCUAUGCCUGUCCAUGUUCUUUACAAGGCCUCUACGAAGAGAAGAUCACAUUUUGGAACAAUGUGUUUGGGUUUGAUAUGUCGGCUGUAGGUUCUUCCGUGUUGGACGCAACGGCCAAGAAGCCAGAAGUUUGUGUAGUGAAGCAAGAUGAUCUGUUGGCACAACCUGUAUGCAUAAAAACCAUCGAUUUGAGAUGGGUAGAAACGAAUGAAAUAACAAAAUUUUCAGAAAACACUUUUGUAAGCAUUACCAAGAGAGCACCUUAUCAUGGGUUAUGCCUUUGGUUUGAAUGCGAUUUUAACGGCUUGGACUACAAUGAAAAUGGUGAUAGCAUAGGGGAGCUGGUAACGCUGUCUACGUCACCAUUUUCUGCGCCCACUCAUUGGAAGCAAACUGUCGUUACACUCGGCGCUGCUGGAACUGAGCGUUCAAGUAUCGGGCCAGAAGACGGGCUGCAGACGGACCAUGACAUUGCUGAUGACACAAUACGCACCAAAAGCAAAUUCAUUGAAGUAGAAGAAGAUGAAGUGAUAGGAUGGAGAUUAGAAUUUGAACAAAGUGAAAGCAACGCACGGCACUACACAAUAACGUUACAGAUGCUUGACCCUGAGGAAGAUGAGCAUCCUGAACCCUGCUCAUGCGGCAUGGCACGCUGCUUGAUCAUCGCUAAAUUAAUUGAAAACGAAAUGCAGGCUGCAGCAGGAACUAAAUGUAACCCUGAGCCUGUGGUUGUCGAAGAAACUGCGGCCAAUUAGUGCUGUUC